AUGUUCAAGACUUCCAAAACCUCGCUCAGAUCAUUAGCCACCUUUGCUUCUCCUGAAGCCGUAUUGCCCAAGAAAUACGGAGGAAAGUAUACCAUCACCUUGAUCCCUGGUGAUGGAGUUGGUAAAGAAAUCACCGACUCCGUUAAAACCAUUUUCAAGGAUCAAAGCGUGCCAAUCGAAUGGGAAACCAUUGAGGUUAGUGGUAUUGACAAGAAUGCCGAUGGGGUUCUCGAUGGAGUUUCUCAAGCAGUUGAAUCAUUGAAGAGAAACAAAAUUGGGUUGAAAGGGAUCUUGUACACCCCAACCGGCACGUCCGCCAAAUCUUUAAAUGUCGCUUUGAGAAAGGAAUUGGACAUCUACGCUUCGCUCGUAUUGAUCAAGAACAUCCCUGGUGUCAAGGGUAAGUUGGAUGGUAUUGAUUUCGCGUUGGUUAGAGAAAACACCGAAGGUGAAUAUUCUGGAUUGGAACAUCAAUCUUACCCAGGAGUGGUUGAAUCGUUGAAGAUCAUGACCAGAUUCAAGUCCGAAAGAAUUGGAAAGUUCGCCUUUGAUUUUGCCAAGAAGAACAAUAGAAAGUUGGUUACUGCCAUUCACAAGGCUAACAUCAUGAAAUUAGGUGAUGGUUUAUUUAGACAAACCAUCAAAGACAUUGCCCAAGAUUACAGUGGAAUUGAAGUGAAUGACUUGAUUGUCGACAAUGCAUCUAUGCAAGCUGUUGCCCAUCCUCAACAAUUUGAUGUGUUGGUAACUCCAAACUUGUACGGUUCUAUUUUGUCCAACAUUGGUGCUGCUUUAAUUGGUGGUCCCGGUUUGGUUCCAGGUGCUAACUUUGGUAGAGAAUACGCUGUUUUUGAACCAGGUUGUAGACACGUUGGUUUGGAUAUCAAGGGCCAAAACACUGCUAACCCUACUGCCAUGAUAUUGUCGGCUUCCAUGAUGUUGAGACACUUGGGAUUGAACGAUCACGCCGACAAGAUUUCUAAGGCUACCUACGACGUCAUUGCUGAAGGUAAGACCACCACCAGAGACAUUGGUGGUAGUGCUUCCACCACUGAGUUCACUGAUGCUAUUUUGGCCAAGUUGAACUAG